CGCCCGAGGCGCCUAAAGCGACGUGUCCUUGUCCCCCGUGGGCAGCCCCAGCGCGUGCGGCCGCGGAUCCCCAGCUCCAAAGGCCCACCCCCUCUGAGAGCCACCACCUGCAGGACAACGAGUCUGGAGCCAUGAAGACCAAGAGCCGGCCACCCCGGCGCCGGGCACCUCCGCAAGACCCUGAAGCCACCCCAGCAGAGCGGACGCCUGACAGGCCACCGCCGGGCUCGGGGGGACCGGACGCGGCCAAGGCUCUGCGGAGCCGGACGGCGCGGGCGCAGGGGGCGCGGGCGGAGGGCGGGCGCCGGCGGCCGGUGCCGGGGGGCCGGCGGGAAAGCAGCGUACAGCGGCGGCUAGAGAGCAAUGAGCGGGAGCGACAGCGCAUGCACAAGCUGAACAACGCCUUCCAAGCGCUGCGCGAGGUCAUCCCACACGUGCGCGCCGACAAGAAGCUCUCCAAGAUCGAGACCCUCACACUGGCCAAGAACUACAUCAAGUCGCUGACCGCCACCAUCCUGACCAUGUCCAGCGGCCGCCUCCCGGGCCUGGACGGGCCGGGCCCCAAGCUCUACCAGCACUAUCAACAGCAGCAGCAGGCGUCUGGGGGUGCACUUGGGGUGCCCGAGGCCCCGCCCGAGGGCCACCUGCAGAAAUACUCCACCCAGAUCCACAGCUUCCGCGAGGGCUCCUAGCACACUGCCCGGGCCUGGGCCCUCCACGCCGGGGGCUCAGGGUCCCGGAUGCUCAGUGCCUCCCCUGGCCCGCGCCGGCCCCCUGGGGACAAGGCCGGGUGAAUCGUGGCCUGGUCGAGGCCGCGGCUUCUGGCCAUCAGGAGGCCCGAAGUUCCUCCAGGUCCUGGGACCUGCUUUUUCAUCGCAUAGGCAGGAGCCGCCGGCCUUGGUCCCUGAGCCCUCGUUACUCCUGCUCUCUCCCGAGGCGAGGGGAGAUUCCAUGUAGAGGGUGGCUUGGGUAAGUUCCCCAGUUAACUGCUGAGACCCGGGGCCCAGGGAGGGGUUUCCCCUGACCCACACCGCAGCCUCCUCGUUCUGGGUAAACUGAGGCAUGGGGCAAACAAAGCGCACGACCUGGAGGAGAGUGGGGCUGAGCGGGGGUGCUCGGAACCUCCAGUUCAGCAUCUGUCAGGUGGAAGCCCUUCAGGUUCUUUCCCGCUGAUUCUGAAGGGAUCUUGUCCAGUGAGAGGGCUGGGGGGUUCUCUACUCCCUCCUCCCGGGUGGGGGCUCCUGACUAUGGAGGGUCUGCGGCCAGCGGGGUGCUGAGACAGGACCGGGUGGGUGGGUGGGCGAGACAGAGGUUGCUCGGGCCUGGUUUCCUGGAGCGGUCGGGGGUCUCCCCCUGCAGGCAGAGGGUCUGUCCCCCCUGCCUCCCUCUGGGUCCCCUCCAGGUCUGCCUCGCGUUGUUGAAUCUAUGGUCCUGUCUGUGGCAGACAGGGGUCUGGGCGGACGGUGGUCUGACAGACGUCAGGAUGUUCCUGGGUCCUGGCUGCGCUCAGGGGCCCGUGCAGGGUGGCAGGGGCUCCCCUCCCCCACCGGGUGCUCCUCAAAGGCAGGACUGGGCAGCCUGGCAGGUCUCGGCCGCCUCGGGCCACGCUUCCUCCUGGGGUGUUCCUGCCCCGCCAGCCCUCAUGGGCUGGGUGACUCUGCUCUCAGCCCUGGCAGCUUGUCUCCCCUGUCCGGUUGCCCAGGGCCAGCCUGGGGAGGGGACGGGGCGGCCCUCAGGCAGGCGCCCCAGGCACAGGGGCUGCAGAGAGGCUGGAGCUGGCUUGGCCCCGGGGGGGCCGGGUCCCCCAUGCCUGGAGCUGUCCUAGAGCUCCCGGGGGCCAGGCCCCUCAUGGGCACUGUGGGUGGGGGCUGAGCCCAGCUGGGGGCGGGGCUGCCACAGCCCAAGACCCCUCCCCGAUGGACAGGCUCAGUCUCCCAGCCUUGACCAUCUGGGCCCCAGCCACUUCACGUCCUACCCGUCUUGGCAUCAGCCCCGGCUGCAUCAAGGGCAGCAGGUGGCACCCCUGGAAACAGCCAUUAGGGGCUUCAGUCCCAACUUUCCAGGUCACCCACCAGCCGGACACCGCCCCUCCCCCGCCGCCAGGCCCCAGGGCCAGGCCCUCUGGAAGGGCCACCGGAGCAGGCCUGGUCUGGUCCCGGCCCCUUGCCCCAGCCAAUCUUCAGCAUGGGUGAGGACGGACCCCAGGUGCACCUGGCUUGUCCCCCAGGGGAGGCCACUCAGGAAGGUCAGUGGUCAGGGGUCCACCCAGUAGGCGCUGACGUCGAGGGCAACUCCGAGCUGGGGACAGAUGGGGCUUCUGCGCCCCUGCUGUGGGUGGCGGGGCCGCCUGGAACAUGGGACAGGGAGACCCGCAAGCCUGGCAGCUCUUUUCCGGCUGAGCCGAGGCCAGGGCAGGCUCAGCUGGUCCCUGAACUUGCUGAAUGAGACAAAGGCUGAGCCGAAAGCACGGGGUGGGGGCAGCCCAGCAGAGGCUCCAUCCAGGAGGGCACGCCUGCUGCCUGGGGGUCUGUGGGUCACCACCUUGCAGGAGAGCCUUUGUGAGUCUGUCUGUCCCAGACUGGCACCUGCUUCCCAGAGGGUCACCGGGGCCCACGUGCCCUGUCGUCUCCUCCGAGGCCGGAGCGCACCUGCCUGCCCCGUGGCCAUGUCACGAAGGGGCCCAGAAGGUCCCGGUCCAGAUUCGGACUGUUGAACAUGGGGAGGGGGUUGGCCAAGCCUGCUGCCGGGUCUGCUCCGUCGACCCUCGUCUUGGACUCCAAGCCCAGGCUGAACCUGUGAGGAUGCCCAGCCCGGCCCGGCCUUCCCAGGCUGUGUGUUUCCUGAAGUCGGAGGCUCACGCACCCUGAGCCUGGGGCCGGCACCGGUGGCCACAGACCCGCAGGCAGACCAGACCUGUGUGAGCUCGGGGGCGGGGAGAAACCGGAACUGCGGCUUGCCUGUGGGGAAGACCCACCUGGAACUGAACGGCCAGUGCCCCCGCUGUAAUUAUGGUGAAAAUGUUUCUUAAAUGACUCCAGUUUGCUUUCAUUUUUUCUUAACGGCCUCUUCAGGUACUAAUGAAGCCAAAAUAAAAGGUCCAAUGGGGCGA